UUUACAGUGCAGAUAUCGAGUAGAUCGAGCGUAGGAUAGGGGAGAGAGAGUCUCCCUCAAAGUCAAAGUUAGUUCGAUCGUUCACCAGAGAAAUGGCGUUCGCUCUGGCCUCGUCCAGUGCUGCAGCGCUGAGAGGAGCGUCCCGAAAUGGCUGGUUGUCGUCAGCGACUAGUACUUGGUGUGCGCGACGAACGCAGGCGAGCGCAGCCGGCACCACGAAAUCGGUGCAAGUGCAAAAGGACAAGGGAUAUUAUUCGGUGAACAUUGACGAGAUGGACUGCAGAGCAGAGGAUAUGACGGACGUGGCUGCAAGAUUCACCGCCUACGCUUUUGCCACGGAGAUGUUCGAAGGCUUGAAGGUGUUGCUGUCGUACCACUUCCGAGAGCCCAAGACGAUCAACUAUCCGAUCGAGAAGGGCCCGCUCAGCCCUCGCUUCCGCGGCGAGCACGCUCUGCGGCGUUACCCGACCGGCGAAGAGCGCUGCAUUGCCUGCAAGCUGUGUGAGGCCAUCUGCCCAGCACAGGCUAUCACUAUUGAAGCUGAGCCACGAUCAGAUGGCAGUCGGAGGACAACUCGCUACGACAUUGACAUGACCAAGUGUAUCUAUUGCGGUUUCUGCCAGGAAGCUUGCCCCGUGGACGCCAUAGUCGAGGGUCCCAACGCUGAGUUCUCCACAGAAACGCACGAGGAGCUGCUCUACAACAAAGAGAAGCUGUUGAACAACGGCGAUCGCUGGGAGACAGAGAUAGCACAGAACAUCAAACUUGAUCAUGUCUACCGCUAGCAAUGGCACCGAACUUCGACAAUCAAGUGCUGCAAUAUCACAGGGUUUGUGUCGCAGAUUUAUGAUUAUCUUUUUCCGGUGUACUCGUGUGGGCUUGCACGUGUGGACAGCGGAUGCUCUUUGCCAAGCACCCCGCGUGUGUGAAUGUGUGUAUAUGUGAGUGUGUGUGUGUGUGUGUGUGUGUGUGUGUGUGUGUGUGUGUGUGUGUGUGUGAGAGAGAGAGAGAGAGAGAGAGAGAGAGAGAGAGAGAGCCUGUGUCUGUGUGUGUCGCGGUGGCAACCCUGGACUAAUAGCAGUCCUGCACAAACUACUCCAUGCCAUGAGUUCCCUGUUACCACUAUGCCUGUCUCCAGACUGGUGGGUCCUAGCAUUGAAUUCAGCAGUUGUCAGGAAGGUUGUCCUGCUUGCCAAUACUCAAUACUGUAUUCGCUUGAAUUAUUUUUAGUUUUUCCCACAACUGUCCUGGAUUUCCUUCGACACGGUGUUGGAACAUUUCCAGAGAUGCACGACCACUUUUUUUUAUUAGUUUUAGAAACAAGUCGCCCUUGGGUACUUCGUUCAUUCUGCUUCUUAUUGCUAUAAUUUAUGCUGUUUGUGUACAUAUACAUGUAACUGCUGCUGUGAGUGCAUGGUCGGGGAUCUUAUGUCUCGCCUCGGCUCUCUCACUCACUGCUCCUAAAAAGAGUGCAUCUUGCUGGUUCUGGGACGGAGUUGCUAUCCCGUCCAUGUAGCUUAUCUGACUUGUACUCAUGUUUUACAAUGUAUAGGAUGUGCUAAUACUUAUCAGCGUUGUACUAAGCUGUGUCUAUUUAUUCAUUUUCUUGCAAAUUAGAAACUGAUCUGCA